AUGGACGGACGGCUGCUGCCCACCCUCGCCGUGCGCCCCUCCCCUCCGAGGAUGGCGCCUCCCAGCCUGCCACCUCCCGCCCAGAUCCGGGGGCGGCGGGGUAGGCGCCUCUGGCCGGCUGGCGACGACCUCCACACCCCGGGAGAGGCGGGUCCGAGGGUGCGUGCUCGGGAAAGACCGAUCUCCAUCCGCACAGAGCGGCUCUCGGCCGUGCGCUGCCUUCAAACGGCCCGAGAGUGCGCCACGUGCGCCUCACCAACCCAGGAAGAAAGCCCCAGCGUCCCCCAAACUCCAGGCGGGCCGCAGCCACUCACUCCGCUCUUUGUGCAAACACUUUUUAUUUGGGGGACUUGGGGUACAAGGGCGGAGAGAGCGGCCACUCGCUCCUGCACAGGUCCCGCGGCUCUGCGAGGGAGCGGCCCUGAAGCCAAAGGAUCCAGCUCUUCCCGCCCGGGCGGGGUGGUGGCCGGCCGGGGAUUGGUUGCGGAGAAGCGGCACCGCCCCGCGCCCGUGCGGGUCUCCGAGGAGGCGGAGCGCGCAGGGGAGAAGGCGCGAAGGCCCAGCGUCUGGCUGCAGUGUGGUCGCGGAGGGCCAGGAGAGGUGGAAAUUCUGAAUUUUCUAAAGGACUUCAGCCCUCUCCGUGUCCACAAAAUCCAGAAUGGCUGCAAAUGCUUCGCUUUUGUAGAGCUGGGCUCUGUGCAGAAAGUGGUACUUGCCGUUCAGGAGCUGAAUGGAAUGCUCUUCCACAAAAGAAAACUGUACAUGAAUUCAAACAAAAAGCUCCCCAGGAGGAACCCUGGCCUGGCUGACAGUCCCCUGGAGCUGCCGGCUGUGGAGAAGGUUUCUGGUGAAGGAAGUGCCCAAAGCCCUGCUGGUACACAGGCUUCCACUGACCCAUGUGAGACAGAGAGACCGAAAACAACCUUCUCUGCAGUUCCCAUGGAAUGUAGAGGGUCCUGCCCAGUGCUGCUGCUGAGGGAUUGCUUCCCAGACCUGAGCUGGCUGGCCACCGUCCCCCACCUCCGUGGGGAGGUGGCUCUGGUGACCAGUGUCAUCCCUCAGACCCCAUUCUUCUGGGCCAUGCAUGUUACUGAAAACCUGCAGCAGGACAUGGAGGUGCCAUUCAGCACCCUGGCUGAGACCGAGGAGCAGCAGCCUUACCUGAAUGGCUCAGCCAUGCAGCGCGGGACUGGCUGUGUGGCAGAGUACCUCCUGGGCUUUAUGGAUGGGCCUGGAACAGAUGUGAGCCCGGGCAUGGAUGGAGGGAGGGCCUGGGGGAGGUGCUGGGUGAUCGACCAGGUGGACGCCUGGGCUGUGGUGAUGUUCGUCCACUUUGGCUAGUCCGCCACCAUCCCCCUGCAGUCCCUGCGCAGCCUGGACAGCGACAGCUUCUGGGCCAUCCCACCUCUGACUCAGCCCUUCAUGCUGGAGAAAGACAUUUUGAGCUCGUAUCAGGUUAUCCGUCGCAUCCUGACAGGGAAAAUCACUGGUGCUUUGAACUUGGAGCCGUCCCUGGCCUCUGUCAUUCCAUUCAUCAUCCAGUCUCGACGCACAGGCUCUCCGGAGAGGCCACCUCAGCUCCAGGGCAAGCUUACGGCCGAGGAGGUGCAGGCGGCACCUGCUCUCCGCUGA